AUGUGGGAUUCCCGCUUCAAGCUUUCGAGCGGCCUCGUGCUCCUAUUGGCACUGACAUCGUCCUGCGCCUCCGCGGAUGUGCACGUCGAACAAGCAGAUGCUGACUCCGUCCAGGACCUGUCCGCCCCCGGAAGGGUGAUAGUUGUUGUACGAUCCAGCUUCCUGAGCCGUGUGGAUGACCCACAGCGCCCCUCCCUGGCCCAGCUGCUGGGCUGGAGGUCGGCACACCUCCGGCAGAAGCUGUUUUACGGAGACUCCGGUGAGACCGGUCCCGAGGGGCAGACUCACCACCACCACCGCGAGGCCUACGCCUUCCUCCCGGGCGUGGUGACCCCCCUCGAGGUGGCUGAUGCCAGCGCUCUCAAGGUCGCCGACGCCAGCUCCUCGGUGUCCACCUCGGCGGUGGGCGCAGGGUCGGCCGUCGCCAUGCCGGCGCGCCCCUUCCUCCUCGGCCGCGCCGCUGCGGGCGCCCAUGGCAUGCUGGACCGCACGGAGGAGGGGGCGGAAUUGUUCAAGGUCGAGCCGGUUCCCGCCGGCGGAAGCAUCCGCAGGGAUGGCGGGGACGACGAUGACAUCGACGGCCACAAGGACGAGGAGGAAGAUGAGCACGCCAGGAAGCGCAAGCACGCCUGGAAGCACGCCCAGCGCGCGGCCGUGGAGGGCAAGGCGUCGGGUGCCAGCUCCGCUUCCGGCCGCAUGGAGGGCGCCGAGCCCCUGCGCCACAAGUGCCGCCACCAGCGCGGGGCGAGGGUGGGCGCGGACCAGGGCGCAGACGGCGAAUCGCUCGCCGGCGAGCACCCCCACGACCGCCACCGCCACCACGGCGAGCGCCGGGACGGCGAGCCUCACCGUCAUGGCCAUGGCCACGAGAGCGGCAGGCGCCCCUGCCUGGUCGGGUGUGCGAUGCACCUCUUCAGGUCGGUGGUCUUUGGGGCCCCCAACCACCCCAUGCCCCACCGCCAGGGGGAGGAGGGAGGGCCCAUGUGGGCCGGAGCGGUGAUGCCGCACAUGGUGCACAAGAAGGUGGGCUGA